UGCUGCCUCAUAAACCCUGGCCCGUGAGUCAGUUUGUUGUUUGCCCCAGUCGCGAGCGGUCGUCUGCUCCGGAGAUCUUCGAUUCCGCUUCCAAUACCAAUCACCGAUCACCGGUCUCCGAUCUCUGAUCGCCACAGAUAUAGAAAUAAAAACUAACAAAGCAGCCGGAGAGGAGAUCUUAACGAGAUCGAGAGGCGAUCUCGUUUGAAUUCGCGACGCUGGCCGCUAGUCAGCCGCCUGAUCUCCGCCAGAACUGACGUUGUGCCAGCUCCUGCUCCGCGGAACUAUAGGAGCUACUUCUGAACCGAUAUUGCACUAGCCGAUUAGAGCUGGUCUCCGGGGUGCACAGAACGUAGGAAAUUGACUUGACAUAAAAACAAAACACCGAAAUAAAACCCAACAUAGUCGAGAACCUGUUUUGGAUCGAUCUAAAUUGCCUUCAAGAUGUCCAAGAUGCCAGAGACUACGUUUGCCGACUUGAGUUUGGCCGAUAAGACUGCCGUAAAGAAGCCCAGCAUAGAGGCUCGCCGGUUUUCUGAUGUCUCCACCUGCUCCUUCAGUUCCACCUGCUUCACCGGAAGCUCCGAUGAGGACGAGAUAUCGCCGAAGGACAACCAGCAACGCAACUCCGCCGGCGGGACCGACUUUUGCGUAAAGAGCAUCUCCAAGAGCGCCUUUGGAAGGCGCGAAAUCGAGAUUGCAGAGUCCGAGAUGCCGGGCAUUAUGAUGCUCCGAAAGCGGGCCAAGGAUGAGAAGCCUCUGAAGGGCGCCCAUAUAGUGGGUUGCACCCACGUGAAUGCUCAGUCGGCGGUGCUCAUAGAAACCUUGAUACAGUUAGGUGCCACCGUGCGAUGGGCAGCCUGUAACAUCUAUUCCACGCAGAAUGCCGUGGCUGCCGCCCUGGCCGAGGCGGGCAUCCCGAUCUUUGCCUGGCGCGGCGAGACGGAGGAGGAGUUCUGGUGGUGCCUGGACAGGUGCAUACACUCUGAUGGCUGGCAGCCAAAUCUGAUUCUAGACGAUGGCGGCGAUGCCACCCAUUUGAUGCUGAAAAAGUAUCCCGACUGCUUCAAGGCCAUUCGAGGCAUUGUCGAGGAGAGCGUGACCGGUGUCCACCGUCUGUACAUGCUCUCGAAGGGCGGAAAGCUCACAGUUCCCGCCAUCAAUGUCAACGACUCGGUGACCAAAAACAAGUUUGAUACCUUCUACACGUGCCGGGACUCCAUUUUGGACAGCCUCAAGCGAACUACUGACAUCAUGUUUGGCGGCAAGCAGGUGGUGAUCUGUGGCUACGGAGAUGUGGGUAAGGGCUGUGCCCAGUCCCUCAAAGGUCAGGGAUGCAUAGUCUACAUCACGGAGGUGGAUCCCAUUUGUGCCCUGCAGGCGGCCAUGGAUGGCUUCAGGGUGGUACGGCUCAGCGAGGUUAUACGGAGCGUAGAUGUGGUGGUUACGGCAACGGGGAACAAAAAUGUGAUUACCAGGGACCAUAUGAAUCGCAUGAAGAACGGCUGCAUCCUCUGCAAUAUGGGGCAUUCCUGCUCAGAGAUCGAUGUGAAUGGCCUGCAUACGCCUGAGUUGACGUGGGAAAGAGUUCGUUCCCAGGUGGACCACAUCAUCUGGCCAGAUGGCAGGAUGAUCAUCCUGCUGGCCGAGGGUAGGCUGGUGAAUCUCUCCUGUUCAACGAUUUCCUCGUUCGUGGUCUCCGUGGCUUCCUCAACCCAGGCGCUGGCUCUGAUCGAGCUGUUCUCGGCACCGGGAAGGUAUAAAUCGGAUGUAUAUCUGUUGCCAAAGAAAAUGGAUGAGUACGUCGCCAGCUUACACUUGGCCACCUUCGAUGCUCAUCUUACGGAGCUUACGGACGAGCAGGCCAAGUUCAUGGGCUUAAACAAGGCCGGGCCUUUCAAAGCCAAUUACUACAGAUAUUAAUCAGUAUUUCAUGUAUCCUGUUAUUCUCGUUCUGUUAAUUUGAUAUUAUUUAGAAAAAAAUAAAUAAUAAAUACAAAAAUUUAAAAUGAAA